UCAAUGGCGCUGCCCAUGUUGUCACAGACGCUAUAAUAGCACAGAUACAAAUUUGAGUCCUAUAUCUAUCUCUAUGUAAAUAACUGCUCAAUAUUGUUUGCAGAUCAGUCAGUCAAAAUGUACCCAUGAUACAACACGAUUUUGACGCGCUUGAACACUGCGAUUAGGUGGGAAGGCCACUGUUUGCAAUUGGACAUAUGUUUUAUCGACGAAUCUAUUGUUUAGUCGUGUUAUUGAUAUAUUAAUGAAGCUGUCACGUCAAUGCAACCUUUAAUAUUAUAAAUGCCUGUGCAUGCGUUUCGGUGUUUAAUAUAUAUAUUUUUUUUUUUUACAGACUAUGGAUUAUUAGCUUUUAAUGUAGUCAUUGCUGGAGAGGUGAGGAGCACAUCAGGUGCCCAGUAACUAUAUCUAGCAUAGCUUCUGAUAACAACAGUAAGCUAAUCAUUCAAAUGUUGGUGGUCGUCGUCUAGCUACGUCUUUUGUACACAAAAAAUCACGGCAGUCAUUGUUUACAAUCUCGCUCGAGCCUUAUUUUGUGCGUUAUUUCGCAACACGAGAAGGUUGUCAUUUUCUCGUAGCUAUUGCAUGGACAUCAUGAUGCGCGCGCCCUGCGCACAAUGUUUAUAUCGGUGAAUUCUCGUGAUAUUCUAUGAUUUGAUUAGUUUAUUCACGUUAAUACCAACCACUCUUCCUCGGAUGUCUAUGGAGGGGGACGAGGGAAACCGUGACCAAUCGUCACGGGAAGAGUGGACACUCCUGUUUUGGACCUCUCUCGCUGUCGUAGUGCCCGUGAUCAUAACAUUGUGGUGCAGUGUCCAACGCUCCAAACGGAAAAUACACAUGAAAGACUUCUUCCGCAAGAGCAAGCACGGUUGGCACUGCACCGACCUGUUCAACAAGCCCAUCUACUGCUGUGUAUGCCAACAACACAUUCUACAAGGGGCGUUCUGCGACUGCUGCGGAGUGUGCGCCGACGAGACAUGCCUGCGUCGGGCCGACCGGAGCCUUGUUUGCAAAGAGAUUAUGGCUCCGUCCCAAACGGAUGGGACACUAGAGCACCGCUGGGUCCGGGGAAACGUCCCUCUCUGCAGUGUCUGUGCGGUCUGCAAGGAGCAAUGUGGGAACCAACCGAAGCUGUGUGACUUUAGGUGUGUGUGGUGUCAGACAAUGGUGCACGACGACUGCAAGGCCAGCCUGCCGGACGGGGAGCGUUGUGAGCUGGGCGAGUUCCGCAGCCUCAUCAUCCCCCCUCACUACCUCCACCAAGUCAACAAGCUCCGCCGCAGGCACCCCGAUGAGUACAGCAAGCUGGCGUCUGCCUGCGGGAGCAGCUGGACUCCAGUGCUGGUCCUGGCCAACACUCGCAGUGGGAACAACAUGGGGGAGGCUCUGCUUGGAGAGUUCCGCACCAUCCUCAACCCUGUCCAGGUGUUUGACCUGUCGGAGCUGCCUCCCUCCAAGGCCCUGCAGCUGUGCACCCUGCUGCCUCCAGGCAGUGUGAGGGUGCUGGUGUGUGGKGGGGACGGAACCGUGGGCUGGGUGCUGGAUGCCAUCGACACCAUGAAGCUCAAGGGCCAAGAUCAGUUCAUCCCCAGGGUGAUGAUCCUGCCCCUGGGUACGGGGAACGACCUGUCCAACUCCCUGGGCUGGGGGUCUGGCUACGCCGGGGAGAUCCCUGUGGAGCAGGUGCUCCGGAACGUCCUCGAAGCAGAGGUGGUCAAGAUGGACAGGUGGAAAGUUCAGGUAGCCUCAAAGGGGCUCUACUUUCGUAAGCCAAAGGUCCUGUCCAUGAAUAACUAUUUCUCAGUGGGCCCGGAUGCCCUGAUGGCGCUCAACUUCCACACCCACCGUGAGAAGACYCCCUCCUUCUUCUCCAGCCGCAUCAUCAACAAGGCUGUAUAUUUCAUGUAUGGCACCAAAGAUUGCUUAGUUCAAGAAUGCAAAGACCUGGAUAAGAGGAUUGAGUUGGAGUUGGAUGGAGAGAGAGUGGCCCUGCCCAGUCUGGAGGGCAUCAUCGUGUGUAACAUCGGCUACUGGGGCGGAGGCUGUCGUCUGUGGGAGGGCAUGGGGGACGAGCCCUACCCYCCUACKCGGCUGGAUGACGGGCUGCUGGAGGUGGUGGGUGUGUAUGGCUCCUUCCACUGUGCUCAGAUCCAAGUCAAGAUGGCCAACCCGGUGCGGCUGGGCCAGGCCCACACAGUCAGGCUGGUGCUGAAGACGUCCCGGAUGCCAAUGCAGGUGGACGGGGAGCCGUGGGCCCAGGGCCCGUGCACCAUCACCAUCACCCACAAGACCCAGGCCUUCAUGCUCUACCACAGCGCCGAGCAGACGGACGACGACGACGAAUCYAGCACCUCCGAGGCUGAGAGCUCCGCCCCCCAUGACUCUCCCAAGCCAGCAGGUCCCGCCUCUGCUCGUGCCUGAGCCCCCAAGUUCCACCACCUCAAUGUUUCAUCCAUACCCCUCCUUUGUUCGUUGUAGUAAAUGCUGAUGACAUAAUGCCACGCUUGCACACUCCCCAGAUGAUGAUAUAAGUGAGAGCUCCGGCAUAUUCCCGCCUCGUGGUAAAGGAAGGAAGGAAGGGAGGGAGGGAGAUGUUUCAGUGGAGGAUGGGCUGUAUAUUUGCACUGAUCCCUUGUUCUAUAGUUAUAAGAGUUCUAUAGUUUUAAUAGUUUGGCAGUGUUUCCCAACAUGGACCCUGUGUGUCCCUGACUCAGGAGGAAGCAUUGACCUCGACACUCCAACUCCUACGAUAGAAUAUAUAUUUAUAUUAGCAAGUCAAUCGCUGAACGUUUGUUUUGUUUACUCUAUUUCAUGAUGAUGCACUGUUACUGCCAUGUUGGCCAAAUCCCCAAUGUGCUGUAUUGGACAGACACUAGUUAGUGGUUACUAAGUCUUAAGAAAAUGUUACUUGACUAUAUUUCUUARAAUGAGUUUAUUAGGACUCCUAGUUAACCAUUCCUAGUGAAAUAUCCGUUGCUUAUGAAGGAUUUAUUCACAGGUUUGAUCAUUUCGACCUUGAUCAUUUUUAGAGACAAAAUGUCUACCACGAAAAUCCAGUAAGUCUGUUAACGUAACGUACUCCUACUUUUUUUCUUGCAAUAUUUUGUCCCUUUCUUGAUUAGACCUCUCUUUGUGUUGGGCACUUCUUUGUUGCACUGUAGGAAUUACUCCGUAGGACGUAGUUAGAAUUGUACCGUCCCUCAAAACCGACUGCUCAGUGUUCAUAAGUAUGGUUAUGAUAUUACUCUGUCCGUAUCUAUUUUGUUUGUUGUCUACUAUGGAAAGAUUGUUUAUUUCAAACACUUUGUCUUCAUGCUGCUUAGCACUAGACAAACCGCUAGGUGACACCCUAUGUUUGUCACAUAGAAAUAGAUUAGCAUCUAGCCAUUCUAUUUCUAUGGUGUGUCAACUGUCGUAAUGUUUGUUACCACUGAAUGUUUUAAUGAUCUGUGAUUGGGGUUUUUCUGAAUCUCCGKCACCUUUCAGGAAUAAUGUCAUGCUGUUAUGUCAUUUUAGUGAGGUCAAAGUUKAGAUAUCAGAAGGUUUGUUACAGCCAUAAUAUAAAGUUAUAGGUGGCGUUCCAGGUUGUCUGUUAUGCAGUCACACCAUUCUAUUUCAAAUCACGUGCAGUAGAACAAAAUGGUUAACACAGCAAUCAGAUUGGUUCCACCAGGUUACCAGCCCCCCCCCGUCCACAUAAUCUUAUUCAUUGUGAUCUAUAAGGGAAAAGUGAUCCUAGAUCAGCACUCCUAAUCAUCUGUGCAGCGUGACUGCAAAAAAUAUGACCUGGAACGUCUCCUAAAAGUCUCGGUGCUUAAGAGAUUAAGCCAGAGCCAACUAUUGGCAUCAACUGUAUAACAGGAGGAUUGUCAAUGUUAAUCUAAAGCUUCGGAGGUCCAUAGUUAUUAAUAUAAUGCCAAUGCUUGUGAUAUACAAGUGCUUACAUUCCCUUUGUGUGUGUUAAGCCGUUGGGUAAUCGUCUCGUUSCUUGAGGACACCCAUUUUAUGUGUAUCUGYGCUUCUACUGUGUUUACAACAAACCUGAAUGUUCUAGGAACAGGUCUGAGCAUCUUAACUGUGGACAGAAAUKUUAUUUCAAACUGUAUAGGUCAGGGGUAUUCAACUCUUACCCAACGAGGUCCGGAGCUUGCUGGUUUUCUGUUCUACCUGAUAAUGAAUUGCACACACCUGGUGUCCCAGGUCUAAAUCAGUCCCUGAUUAGAGGGGAACAAUGWAAAAAUGCAGUUGAACUGGCUUCAAAGUCCAGAGUUGAGUUUAAGGGGUAUAGAGCCCCAYACUGGAGGCAUCAUAAUACCCAUAAAACCUAGUGGUCAAAUAGGGAAAUGGUUCCAAUUGUUUUUCCACCAUUCAUUUUUGCUAUUUUAAAAACACUUAAGAGCUGUGUUUCCUGUAGGCUAACCCAGGCGUGACGUUUUGAUAAUCAUGUAAAUCUCUCUCGGGCAAGGUGACAUCAAUAUAUUCAGCUCCAUUUA